UUGAUAUACAUUCCUAGUUGCAUAUGUAUGUGUGAUACCGUAGCGCCUCUACUCUCACGUUCAGAGAGCGAGUCAGUUGUGUGCAUGGCUCCGACAAGCACAUAUGUACUCCGGCAUGCUCGUUGCAUAGCCGUAUCUUUAUACAUAAUAAAUCCAUACGUUAAAUAUCAUCCCGCUGUGUUGUGAGUAAUCAUUUAUACCCUUACGUUACACCAUUGAUAUAUAAUAACUGGCGACGAGAAAAAGAAUCCCGCGUACUAUUACAGAUAAACCUUUACCACGCGCUCAAAAACUAUUUUGAGGUUCGUGGCAAACACGUGUUCGGGAAGCAAUUGAAGAUUUGCAGUUAAGCGUAAUACGGAAAGGCGUAUUACGCAGUGAAAAUUGUUCUAAAAAAAGAAAAUAAAUCGGUCACUAUAUUUAGUCGGAAGGGGCUAAUAGUUCAUAAAAUUACAUUCAUUAAAUUCAAAGGAGCAACGUUGCAAAUUAAUGUCGAAUAAAACAGGCUGGAUACAAAAUCUAAACAAAGGAGAGAUAAUACAAGAAUUACAAAACAGAGGUGUAGCAUUUGAAGAGGGUGAAAAUUAUAACACGUUGCGUGAAUUACUUAGAUCAGAAAUAAAAAAAAGUGAAAAGAAAGAAACAUCAGAGCAAGCAGCGAGCUCACAAACGCAAGUAGACGGGUCGGAAUCAAAAAAACCAAUUAAGAAAACUACGUUACCUACACAAGAAAAGGUAGCAAACGAUAAGUCCAGCAGCGACGACACUAGCAACGUCGAUUCAGACAAAGAUAGCGAUAUGGGCGAUCCACAUUUUCAAUUUAACUUAGACGAUGAUUGGGAGCUGUUUGAAGAUAAAUUAGAUUUCUUUUUCACCGCAAAAAAGAUCACGGACGAGUCGAUUAAAAUAGCAAACUUGGUUACGCAUUUAAGCGACGACGCACACGCACUAUUGAAACAGCUCGCGGCUCCAAAGAAAAUAAAAGAUACUUCGUUCGCCGAAAAUAUAAAACUCAUGUCUGACCACCUUAAACCAAAACCAUCAGAGACAAUGGAGCGCUGCACUUUUCACAAAGCCAGUCAAAAAGAAAACGAAACUAUUGCUGAUUUCGUAGCGCGCCUAUAAAAACUAUCGCUAUAUUGCAAUUUUAGUAACCUGGAUGAUGCACUGAAGGACCAGUUUGUUUGCGGAAUAAAAGAUAGAAAUACCCGAGUGAAACUGUUUGAAGAAAAAUCUCUGACAUUUAAAAUAGCAUGUGAAAUUGCUACCACUCGAGAGUCAGCAGAAAAAGACGCCGCAUCUUCAGAAAAUGCAUUAGAUACAAGAAAUGCAAAAGCAGAUGUAUUUGCAUUACGCGGUGCUAGACAACCAUGGCAGCAGCAUCGAGGCAGCAGUUAUCAAGGAAGAAACCAAGGAUAUAAAAAUAACUACAACGGAAGACAGCAGCAACAACACAGAAAUCAACGAUCAUCAAGCGAAGCACGGCAAGGUCAACGAUCAACGCAGAAAACAAGUGUAGUGAAGUGCUCUUGUUGCGGCAAGGGAAAUCACACGCGUGAGGAGUGCAGAUAUCGUGAUUUGGUGUGCCAUCAGUGUAAUGUAAAAGGGCAUUUAGCCCAAGUAUGUAGUUUUACGGGAAAUAAAUUUCCGACAAAUACAAAUGUUAACUUACUGCAAUCGGAAAAUGAUGAACGA